UUUGGCCAGACUGCCACCUCGUCCACCGUGCCAAGCCACGUUUUCUGAAAAACGACCGGGUGCAGAAGGAAAAAGUUUCAUCAUCUUUAUUUAAAGAAUCCUCCGUGGUUUGUGAAAAAUGGUGCUAGACCUCGAUUUGUUCCGCAGCGACAAGGGUCACGAUCCGGCCAAGAUACGCGAGAACCAAACGCGCCGCUUCAAAGAUGUAGCCCUGGUUGAGACGGUCAUCGAGCAGGACAAGAAGUGGCGUGCCUGCCGUUUCAACAUGGAUAACUACAACAAGCUGAAAAACUUGUGCAGCAAGGAGAUUGGCGAAAAGAUGAAAAAGAAGGAACCGCAGGGUGACGAAGCAGAACCGCUGCCAGAGGAGGUGGAGAAGGAGCUGCGUGAUCUUCAGCUUACUUCCCUAAAGUCACUGACAGUGCAGCAAAUUAAGAAGGUUCGCUCUCGCAUCGAUGAAGCCGUACUGCAGAACGAGCAGCUCAUGCGGGAGGCAGAAGCAAACCGGAACACGGCUCUACGUGAGGUUGGCAAUCAUCUGCACGAAAGCGUUCCGGUUAGCAACGAUGAAGACGAGAACCGCGUAGAGCGCACGUUCGGAAAUUGUGAACAACGUCAGCGGUACUCACACGUCGACCUGAUAGUUAUGAUCGACGGCAUGAACGGGGAUAAGGGCGCAGUAGUUUCCGGUGGACGCGGAUACUUCCUCACCGGCCCGGCCGUAUUCCUCGAGCAAGCACUUAUACAGCACGCUCUUCACAGUCUGUACACGAAGGACUACACACCUCUCUACACACCGUUCUUUAUGCGGAAGGAAGUGAUGCAGGAGGUUGCUCAAUUGUCCCAGUUCGACGAGGAACUGUACAAGGUGGUUGGAAAGAGCAGCGGAGAGGAGGGAGCGACGGAUGAGAAGUACUUGAUUGCUACCUCGGAGCAACCGAUUGCGGCCUACCAUCGCGAUGAAUGGAUCGCGGAGAGUACUCUGCCGAUCAAAUACGCUGGACUUUCAACCUGCUUCCGGCAGGAGGUGGGAUCGCAUGGGCGUGAUACGCGCGGCAUCUUUCGAGUGCAUCAGUUUGAGAAGGUAGAACAAUUUGUGCUUACCUCUCCGCAUGACAACAAAUCAUGGGAGAUGAUGGACGAGAUGAUCGGUAAUGCUGAGGCCUUCUGUCAAUCGCUCGGCAUUCCGUACCGCGUUGUAAAUAUAGUGUCCGGGGCGCUAAACCAUGCGGCUGCAAAAAAGCUCGAUCUCGAAGCGUGGUUCGCCGGUUCCGGCGCGUUCCGAGAACUCGUUUCAUGCAGCAACUGUCUCGAUUAUCAGGCUCGUCGUCUACUUGUACGCUAUGGACAGACCAAGAAGAUGAAUGCGGCAGUCGACUAUGUGCACAUGCUAAACGCGACGAUGUGCGCGACAACACGCGUUAUCUGUGCGAUCCUGGAAACGCACCAAACGGAAACUGGCAUUAAAGUUCCGGAAGUGUUGCAGAAGUACAUGCCGGAGAAAUACCGAGAAGAAAUUCCGUUCGUUAAACCAGCACCAAUCGACGUCGAACAGGCUGCAGCUGAAGCAAAGAAAGCUGCUGGCAGCAAGAAAAGCGGCGAUAACAAGAAGUCUGGAAACGCCGCAUAAGUUAAAGCGUUCAACAGAGGUAACAGCAGCUUCACAGUAUACUACUCUCCCGUAUGCUCGCUGACGAAGCAGUCGAAAUGACGUCGUCUAAUUUAUUGUCUAAUGUUUUUUCCACUUAUAUUAUUGCAAGAAAGACAUUGGCCCAGAUGCAUUUAUAGAUCAAUGGUGCAUUUUAUCGCUAUAGGGCGUUUAAUAAAGAUGCUUCACAUCGUGUUCCACAUAUCGCGUGGAACGUCUGAUUGAUUAGCUUAUUCGACAAGCAAAGCAAGAAAUGACGAUAUAUUGUGUAUAUAAUUUAUUUAUUACAGUUUAUCUUAUUUCCCAAUUUGCACUUUUGCGUAGCAAUUGAUACUAAGAUGAAAUGUGAAGAUUCUAUAUAAAUUUUAUGGAUUGCUACAGAGCUUGGAACAAUUGUAGGGCCGACUCUUGAUUUCUCGUGCACUGUAACUCAUCAGCACUGAUAAUGAGUGAACUGUUGCUGGUUAGAAAUACCCAGGCCUAUUGAACAAGUACAGACGAACUUGUCUUACCAAGAAUAUCAAAACGAGUUUUGCUGCUUUCAUGAUAAGCGACAUUUGGGUCCAAUAUUUUCGACAUAAUGACUCAUAGCUUUCUGCAUUCAGAAUGUCGUUCACUGGAACACUGCAUUCGCUGAAUGUUGUUCACUGGAAUUACCGCGAAACGUUAAUUGUUAAAAAGAAUAGUGUACAUGAUGCAAGCCAUCAGUCAGU